AUGGGCGGCGGCCCCUCCAUAAUCCGCCGCCCCAGCGUCGAAAAAUCCAACACCGAACUCACCACCGCCCUCCGCGCCAACUUCCUCGUCUCCCAGCAAGCCGCCGCCAGCAGCACCUCCAACGGCGCCUCCACCACACCCUCCAAACUCUCCUACCAAGCCUGGACCGCCCGCGAAGACUCCACCCUCUACAUCCCGACCCUCGACUUCGCGCACAGCGGCCUCGCGGAAGAGCGCUCACAAUAUGACAUCACGGUGAAACUGUUCUACCUCCCUGGUGUGCCGUCAUCGCGGCGGUGCGCCCAGACGCGGGAAGCGAUUGAUCUGGUGCUGCGGGAACUGCACGUGCCGUCCAUAGACCUGCUGAUCGUGUCGUUCCCCGGCUUCUCCUUCGACGCGGAUGACGAGGAGGACGACGCGCUCUCUGAGCCCGACGGAGAAGUCGACGGCAUACCCGAAGACGGCUCGGGCUCGGAGAGCGGCGUCGGCGCCGAGGAUAUCGAUACUAUGAUCGAAACGUGGCGGUCGCUGGAGAAGCUGCAUGACGAGGGGAUCAUCUCGCGGCUUGGGGUUUCUGAAUUCGGGACGGCGAGGUUGGCGCGGUUUUUGGGGAAGACGCGGAUACGGCCUAGUGUGGAUCAGAUCAAUGUCAGGGAUUGUUGUGUUGUGCCGAAGCCGCUGAUACUGUAUGCGAAGCAGGAGAAGAUUGAACUACUAACACACAAUGACUGCACGAAUAUUCUACCGAGGGGUACGCUACGGGAACUGCUAGGGUCAGGCGAGAAGGGCGUGGGGGUAUUGGCGGGACCUAGUGGGGAGGGUGAGGGGUUGAGAGGUGACGUGGAGCCGCAGUGGGUGGUAAAGUAUACGGCGGUAGUGAAGGAUAGGGGUGUUGUUGAGAACAAGGGCUACUUUGCAGUGGCGGAGCUCGGGGAAUAG